UGCUAUUUGUAUUGCGCUAGCACCCUGGCAUUAGUUUAGUUAUAGCUAGUACUGACAAAUAUGUCGGCUUCUUGGAAUCUCCUGACCGCCAAUAUUAUGGAUAUAUGAGAAGAUCACAUCAUUGUUUUGGGAUUAUAUUCUCUUGGUUUUCUUCUCUCUAGCUUCCGCAUUGAUGGAGCGGCCUGCAGACAGAUGCUAGCUAUUUUACAGAAGUUAAAAAACCAAGCAGCUUCCACCCUUAGCUAACAGUUAGUUAAGCUAAGCUGCGUGUAGUAAAAUAACGUUAGACAUAUCGGUGUCUGGCUAGCUAGCCAAACAUUUAACGUUAACGUUAUCUGUAUUAGCUUGCCGCUGGGUAGCCACCACAGCAAGACGUUACAUCCUGCUGGCACCACUGAAUGAGUCCUAUGAAUAAUACUGAAUUGUGCUUUAAGGAAUUGUCUCUGCUGAACUCCAUGAGGAAAUUACAAGACCAAGACUGGCACAUCCCAUUCGCCGUUUUCGGACCUAGAACAAUUGUAAACCCCCUCACAGGUGCAGCACCCCGACCAACCAUCGGACUGGAUUCACUUCUUUUGUUACCCAGGACCUGCUGAUGUUUAUAUUCAGUACUGCCUCCUCAUCCAUAUAGACAAAGUGAUCCAAAUCAACAAUCGAGGAGGCCCCAGCACUGGAUCCGGUUUUGGAGUUUUGAGAAGAUCUUUUUAACCUGAAAACAAAUAUGGCCAUAGGAAUUUCUAUCUGCCACAGUUUUUUUUAUAAUUUUUGUUGAGGUUUUGUAGAAGUUGCUCUGGAGAAGCUGCAUCCUACAAAGGUUUGCUGUGGAAGCAUGUUAUCCAAGCCUCAGUGCUCUUUGCUGGGGAAGGAAGCAGCGGGAAGGCCCUAGAAGUCCCUGGAGAAGACGGCAAAAUAGAAAACGGCCUGUAGCUGGAAGGCUGACAGUUACAUAACUUACAGCCACAGUCAUCCACUAACACAGUUGAACAAGGAAACCAGUGGGGCUACUGAGUUGUUCUAUUUGUUGCUAUAGCUGGCUGAUAUAAGAUAAUACCAUUAUCUAUUCACAUAUAACCCCCAGUGGUCCAUACCAUAAUUUUGGCGCUUUCUCAAAAAUUUAAUUUACAUGGAUACUAAUGGAUGUUUGCCUGGAUUUUCCCACAAAUGUUUUGGAAAGAAUCACAUAACCACUUCUUGCAUUUUAUCUUCCAAACACAUCCCUGGUGCAGCUGGCAGGUGAGGUGGUUUGAAUCAGCCACCCGCGAGGUUUAGGGAUGCCCCGACACAGGAAAACCAGGAUCCUCCACUUGCCCGUUUACAGACUACUGUUUCUAGUACGAGUUCUGGACUGAAGGCAAAUUGUUUCCUUCUCUAGAAGAGUGCAAGGGGUUGUCACUUUUUAUUUACCAGACUUUUUCUUAUACUGCUACAACUGCCCAGACUGCUAAUCUCUGGGUGCUAAAAACUUUAAAUUUUUAUAAAAAUCUCCAUACAUUCUGCUAGCACAUUUAGCUACAAACAAGCUCAUUUCACAUUUUAGGUCUCGACCUGCAUUUAUUUUCAAGCUGCGAAAGGUCAUCGUUCUUACAAGCUUUCCUCUCCAUUUCUUGCUGUUUCUUUUGCUCCUCCUUGCAUCUCCAUUUCUUACCAAAACAGGCCUUCCUCUGCCAACUUUUAUACCUCACUAAACUUUCAUUCUUUGACCAAUCAAAUCAAACUGGAAGAGGUCACAUCAGGCGCAAGGUUCAUCAAUUUAGCUGAGGUUUUCUGUCUGUCAGAUUACGAUUUGAUAAGACUUUUACAGCUCCAAAUCACUAACAAGCUACAUUUUUGUGUUUAAAUUCAAAGGUAGUUUUUUAAAUCUCAAUAACAGCACUGUUUUUAGUAUUGAACUAUUAUGUUUUUCUUCAAGCCUUUAUUCACUUUGCAAUACAAUAAGCAAACAUCUUCUUUUUAGACAGAUUUUUCCCAGUCAUUCUAUUGACUUGUAAUUGACUGGCAUGUUGGGUAGAACAGAGACAAGCUAGUGUUUAUUUGCCUGCAGCUCUAUGAAAUAGGAGUCCGGACACCUCCUCCUCUUUUGGCCAUCCCGCCUUCCCACCUGUUUUCUGGCUGACAGCAAAACGAGGCUUUCACAGCUGAGCGACUUGUUAGGUUCUUUUAAUCUCCCACAUAAACACACAGUAGAUCAGGAUCGACCUUUUAACCUAAGAUAGCUAUUGCUCCUCCUUCCAUCUUAGUGUGAUGAAGCAGGGGAGUGUUUUCCUCUUUUCCACGUGAAAGAGGAAAACACUCCUCAAUUAUCCUUCCAGCUCUUGUAUCUGUUCUUUCCAUUUUAACCUUUUUGCCUAUCCAUCAGUUCAAACCAAAAAUUACAAAUCCACCCAGUACGCCACACCUAAAGAAACGUUUGACUCUGAACUAUAAAUUCCUCUUCAUAGCAGUUGCUGGACACACACACACCACUACACAUUGGAAGUGAUGCCAGGUAGCAGCAGUAAGACUGGAGGGCGGGGUCCAUCCUCAUCGCCCCUCCCCCACAUCGUGAUCCCGCCCAGCAGACCCUUGAGACCCUCCCGCUACGUCCCGGUGUCGGCAGCCACUUUCUUCCUCGUUGGCUCCACCACGCUCUUCUUCUGCUUUACGUGUCCAUGGCUUUCAGAGCGUUUCUCAGUAGCUGUACCCAUCUACAAUGGGGUCAUCUUCCUGUUUGUUUUGGCUAACUUCUGUAUGGCCACAUUCAUGGACCCCGGCAUCUUCCCUAGAGCUGAUGAGGACGAGGACAAAGAGGAUGAUUUUCGAGCUCCCCUUUACAAGACUGUGGAGAUCAGAGGGAUCCAGGUCAGGAUGAAGUGGUGUUCAACCUGCCGCUUCUACAGGCCGCCACGAUGCUCCCACUGCUCCGUCUGUGACAACUGUGUGGAGGACUUCGACCACCACUGUCCUUGGGUGAACAACUGCAUCGGCAGGAGGAACUACCGCUACUUCUUCCUCUUCCUACUGUCUCUGACAGCUCACAUCAUGGCCGUGUUUGGCUUUGGCCUACUCUUUAUCCUCUACCAUCGCCAAAACAUUGACCGCUUGCACGCCAUCGUCACGCUAGGUGUAAUGUGUGUUGCAGGCCUGUUCUUUAUCCCUGUUGCUGGCCUUACUGGUUUCCACAUAGUGCUUGUGGCCAGAGGCAGGACUACCAAUGAACAGGUAACAGGCAAGUUCCGAGGAGGUGUUAACCCUUUCACCAAUGGCUGUUGGAAGAAUGUCUCUCAUGUCCUCUGCAGCUCACAGGCACCUAGGUAUUUGGGCAGAAAGAAGUGUGUGCAGAGUGUGUGUGUGCAGCCUCCCUUUCUGCGACCACAGCUGACAGAGGCCCAGCUGGCAGCAAAGAUCCUGGACAACGGUAUACAGGGAGACCUGCACCGGUCCAAGUCCAGUCUAGAGAUGAUGGAAAGCCAGUCGUGCGACGCUGAGCCUCCUCCUCCUCCUAAGCCAGAGCUCCGCUACCCUGGAAUCACCAGAGGAAACACAGAGGAGUGCAGUCUACUGAACAAAGCCCCUCCCACCCCCAUAAUGUACAAAUACAGGCCCACCUACAGCCCCGGCAAGAACCACACAGCGCUCACACAUGCCUACGCCAACCAGUUAAGUCGAGGGGAGAGUGUUGGCAGUGCCAGGGACUCUUCUUCCUCCACCUCCUCCCUCCUUCAAGCCAGCCAGCAGCCUGGUUUCCGCUCCCAGCCCAGCUUGGACCGGAGGGACACUUCAUCUGACAGAGUGGGAGGGGGAGGAGGUGGGGAGAGAAUGGAGUCGAGAAGAGAGGUGGGGGGAGGGGGCAUCCCUGGCUACUCCCUUGGUGGGCGCUCGUACCCCUCCUUCUCAGACCAUAUGGUCCUAUCAGGAGUGGGGUCCCGAUCUUCCAGCUCCACGCACACCUCAACAGGCGGCGUCCACGUUUCCGAGGCAACCACCACCUCGGCCAGCUUCAAGAGCCUAGCCAAUCAGACACCCCCGCCUCACCACCCGUCCCGCAACGGGAGCCUAUCGUAUGACAGUUUACUGGCAGGUGGUGACGAUUUUGACAAAGUGGUGGCAGCGGGUUCAGGAGCCCCUGAGGUCUCCUCUGGAAGACCCUGUACGCCAGCAGCAGGCGGCUACAGCUCCCCUUUCCUGUCGUCACAACCAAGAGACGCUGAGAUGCACUCCCAGUCCUCCCAGUCGCCCCAUCACUACCACCGCUCCUCCUCCCACCACCACCACCACCACCACUCCUUCCUCCAUCGUUCCUCCUCUUCUACGUCCUCCUCCCCACCGCCUCCUCCGGAAAGGGAAUGCCUGCUGGGCGAGCCUACCAAUCAGGCCUCGGCUCCCCCGUCCUCCUCUGCCCCACCUCCCCCACACCAUCACCACCACCACGGCCAUCAUCACCAUCACCACGGCCAUCAUCACCACCAUCACUCCUCCUCCUCUUCCUCUACCUCGCGCCCUCCCCGCUUCGCUGCCCCUCAUGCCCCACCCCACCACGCUUAUCCUUACCGCACCCGCUCCACCGACACCCCUCUUGGAUCCUCCUCUACCACAACCCAUCCUCCUCGCUCCCCGCACCCCCCGCCUCUGGGAAAGUCCCUCUCUUACUCGAGUGCCGCUGCUGCCGAAAUGCAGUACCGGCUGGUUCGAAAGGCUUCUGCAUCAGCAGGAGCGAACGCAGCAGGGGUAGGAGGAGGAGGAAGUGGAGGAGGAGGAGGAGGGAUACAAGCGCCGAAGGAUGAGCUGAUCCAGAUGAAACCUCUGAGUUGGACCAAUGGCGGCCAGCUCUUCUCUUCCUCCUCCUCCUGCUCUGCCCCUUCCUCCCCGUCUCACCCAGUCAGCGUUUCCGCCCGGCCUGGAGCUGCUUUUCCCAGUGCACCAUUGAUGCAGAGUCCCCCCCACAAGCCUACGAGUGGCGGGGUAAAGAAGGUGACAGGCGUCGGGGGAACCACCUAUGAGAUUUCUGUCUGAGUGCCGGCCAGCCUUCCGCUCGAGGAAAAAUGAGACGAAAAGGAGAUGCUGCUGCCUCCUUCUGACUUUGAGCGGCAGAUUUGGGUCUUUCAUAAGCAACUGUGGACCGGGAUAUCUGAGGAUGGGUUGAGCUCCUCACUGGCUGAUUGACGGUGGAGCUAAACUGUACUGGACGGCCCGGCCUCCUGGCAUCAACCUCAGUAACUCAGCUGGUAAAAUGAGAGAAAGACCUGGGCUGUCCAUAAGCCAGGACUUGGCUGUAAAAGACUAUUUUUGGGGGAUCUCACCGGACCAAACCGAAUUAUGUUUGGCACCUUUUUUGUGGGUUUAUCCUCAGCAGGUAGCACAAGGGACUAGCAUGGUCAGGUCUGGGUGUUACAUUAUACAAGCAUAGCAGCGCAGGGCAUUACACUGCCAGGGCUGAGGCCGCCAACGAGCUCUGGAGCUCUGAGUUUUGAUGACUGUAAGUUUACAAAGUUCCGAUCAGCACUUUUGGACUAAAGCUGCAUUAAGGUAAAAAGUAGUGUUGUUUAAUAUUUUAAUAUUUAUCCACUAACAGUUCAACAAAUAUCAUGAAACACAAAGCCCCAUCAUGAUGAUGAUGAUGAUGAUGAUGAUAGUAAUAACAUGCAUUCAUGCACAGUCUUUGGAACCCGAUCAAAAUCAAUCCAAAGUGAAGGGCUUCCCAUAGACAACCAGUUUAGUGUAAACUAAAUGUGUCAGUCAUAUCAGGUGAAGUCUUCGCUUGUUCUUCAGACAAUGUAAUACAGUUGUCCGAUAAACCCUACUUUAAAUAACAGCAUCCACCAAAUGGAGUGAUUUCAUCGGACCAAUGAACACAAGUCGUGUUGUGUGCAUGCAUGGAGUUAGUAAUGCAGCCCAGACACAAUCCACCACUCUCCUCGAGGCCGUUAGUUCACAGCCUUCCGAUCAGUCAUGGAAUUGUACAACUGGACCCAACAGGAAUAAUCUAACAAGUAAGACCUCUUAUGGACUUGUGACAAUCUACCGCGUCACAGAUUAACUUUCCUUUUCUCUCAAUGUUGCUGCGUGAAUUGGCUUGCCUUUUGAAGGAGGGAUGACAAAUGUGACAAAAACAUAAUCCUGAUUCCCUGGUUCUCUGAUUCAUUUGAUUUAUUUAUCAUUGUGAAUAGGAUUCCAUGUUUGUACAGGGUGAUGUGAUUUUAAAUGUUUUUUUUAAAGUGGCGUUCAUACCAGACUGCAGCAUGCACUACUAUUACUACUAGCCACAUUUUGUUUGGCUGUGGACCAAAGUGGUCUG